AUGGCUCGUCUCUCCAUUGGGUCACAAUAUUUCCAGGCGAAAGAGCGCCGGGAAAGCAUGGUAUACGGACAAAAUGCUUCUAAACCAGAGACUGAUAAAGGAGAUCCCGACUUUCCAAAUCCUAGUUCCAACACCAAUUCUGGUGAUUUACCUUCUACUGUUGAUAAUUACAUUGCACAAAACAAACUGCUUGCAAUGAAAAAUUCAGAGAUGGCCCUGCGGAUGUCAGAAAUGGAAGCUAAGAUGAGCGAAUUAAUAAGACAAAAUGCCUUACUCAAAAAUGGGGCAAACGGACAAAGAAACUCGGAAAAAUUGGAACAGAGACUUCGCCAGAUUGAAACAAGCAUUUUAGAAAGACUAGGACAUGUUUUGGCAACUUUGCUGGAAAUCCGUGCUGAGGAAAGCUUGCCGGAAAAUCCCAUGGUUUCUGUGGUCGAGGCGGCUUUGCCUGGGAGAAGUAAACCAGUGACAUCCACGCCCACCACCGACAAUCUAGCGUCUUUUCUUGGUGAAAAGGCGGAGUACUGGGGCGACAAUGAAGGCGAAACUACUGAGAGAUCCAGAGCAAAUUCUGUCCUGCCAGAUGUAGAUAUGGCGAUGAUCGAGGGCCAAAGCAGAGAAGAAGCAACUGAAUUGCAAAACGAAAGAAACAUCUUGCCUGAGUCGUCCCAAGGAUUUUCAGUUCACAUGGACACUCUGGAGCACAAUAACCUCGCAACUGUGGAAGAGCUUGUGCUGAGUCCGGAGAAAGGCCAGACUAAGAGGAUCAAGUUGCAUCCCGAAACUGAGAAACAACUGCUAGAUCGCUCCAGUCGCCGAAAACCUGUAAACUACAGGCUUUCUCAAACCAAAAAUGACGAUUUCAAGGACGACACUGAAUCUGAGAAUAAUAAGACCUCAAGACACACUAUAAACAAAUCCAAGGCAACAAGAAAACCUUUAUCCAACGUUACGAAUAGGCGGCGAGCAGCGCUUCGGAGGAAAGCGAAAGAUAUUGUAACGAGGGAGGAAGAGGUGCCAGAUAAGGAGAUUUUCGAGUUUGUUGAACCGGAAGAGUUGGAAACUCAGACAAGACUGGCCUUACUGAGAACAAAACGCCGGGGAGUAAUUUAA